AUGAGUGUGGCCAUCGCCAACAGCCGCUCAGGCCUGUCUCCUCAGGGAAUUUCCAGCCGUACGUGGAAGGAUUACUGUCCGGGCUUUUCUUCCGAAGGGAGCGAGGAUAGUAAUAGAACUGACCGCGCUGCCGUUCUGAAGCUGCAGAUGGACACGCUAGCAGAUGACUUGGCAGUAGUGAAGGACUACCCGCUGCGUGACGUGGAUGAGGACGAUUUAGAGGACUUUGACACGUCAGUGUCGUCAAGCGAUUCGGCCGAGUCGUCUCCCCGGCCUUCCUGGGAAAUUGCAGCGGCCAUGGAUCCACGUCAGCUUGAUUGGGUGCAUCUCACGAGCCGAUUAAAGUCAUCGGCUCUUGGCGUGCUCCACCAGAAUAACACGUCAGCAGCGCUUUACCAAAGAAACGCGCGAACCUCGCGGGGAAGAGGGGAGCGCGUCGCUGACGGGUGCUCAGGCGACAAUAAUUCAGAGCGAUCCGAGGAUUCGAGCAGCGGUUCAAUAGCCGCAGGAGGAUACGACGACGAGCCGGAUGACACGGCUAGUGAGCGGGAGAGUGAGAGUGGCGAGGAACGGUGCGAGGUGGUGACGGCGAACGAAGAGGCUGCGCGGGAAGUGGUUACACGCGAGCAGUCAGGGAAGGAUUGGCGGUCGGAGCAAUCGUGGGACGCGAGUAGCGUAGGGUUGUGGGACGAGCGAGGAGACGGCGAGUCGGACGAGGCGGAGUCGGUAAGAAGCAUCUUCAGCUGGCCGGUCGCUUCGAGCUCCGAAAGCGAGGCGGAGGGCACGGAGAUGGUCGACAUGGCGCGGGUGGCGGAGGUGGUGGGGAAGGCGGAGACGGAGACGGCGGUGACGGGGAAGACGGCAGAGACGGCGGAGAUGACGGAGACGGCGGAGAUGACGGAGUCGGCGGAGAUGAGGGAGACGGCAGAGACGGCGGAGAUGGCGGGGACGGUGGGGAUUGUCAAGAUUGACAGCGAGUUACAAGUGCGUGUAGUCAAGGGGCUUAGGCGGGAGGAGGAGCGAUGCGGUCUGGAGCUGCUAGGCGCCGUGGUUGCGAGGAGUAAUUUAGAGCCGUUUCGGAAUAAGCUGUUAAAUGGCGUAGUAGCGAGGAGGAGUAAGAGGCGGAAGAGGCGCGCAGCGACGAGUGCGGCGCGCAUAGCGGGAAUCGGAGAGGACAGUAGCGAGUCGGAAGCGGAGGAAAUCGAAGGACGGGUGAUGCAAGUGUUCCGCGUAGCGGUUGUACCGCCGGAAGAUGAGGGCGCGCACGGCGGAAUUAAGGGGGCAGUGAGUGCGGACGGGGCAGGCUCGAAUCAGACCUGGAGGCUUCAGGACGGAGUUAAUGAAACGGUUGGGAUGCUGGGUGGAGGCGAGGAGGGGGAAAUGGUGAUGCGCCGUGCACGAGCUACAGCACACAUCCCGGCGCCGGGAGCCGAGAAAGCGGGUUCGACGGAGGCGUGUCUUCCCGCCAACGGUGCCAGGGAUCCUCCUCCUCCCACGGCGUCGCGCUGCGACGGUGGCCCCGAUAUAAGCACGAGCCGGGCAGUGCUGCCGCGCGAGGAAGGGGACUGCGGUUCCGCGCGCAAAGAGGCUGGCGCGCGCGAGUCCGCCGUGCGCGGAGCUCUGAGAGGCGCUUUUGCGGCGGUGCUGCCGGGCAUGCGCGCAGUCACCUCCGCUCUCCAAUCCGCCGUGUCCACGGUCGGGGAGAUCUGCUACAACGAGCUUCAAAGCGCGUCCGCCGCGCCGCCGGACCGCGCGCAGCUGCUCGCCGCGCUGGCGCGGGCGCAGGGGCUGGCGGAGGGGCAGCAGUGUCUGGCGCCGUGGGACCCGGACGCGGUGGUUGCGGUGCCCCUCGGGACUGCCGCGCAGGUGAAAUCCGCGCUGCAGGCCUCGCGGGAGCUCAUGCGCGCGGAAGAGCGCGCGCUUCCCGCGGAGAAGGGGGAGGCGGGUGAAGACGCGGAGGCGGAAAUGCAGGUGGAUGGGGAAGACGCCCGUCGAGGGGAGGACAGACAGGAGGGAAUGGGGGAAGUGAGCGGGGGCGGCGGAAGCGGAGUAAGCGAGGAAAGCGGGGGAAGCGGAGGAAGCGGGGGAAGCUGUGGAGGCGGUGGAAGCGGGGGAAGCGGCGCGCUGCCCAUGGUGCUGGCGCGCACGCUGCAAGCCCUAGACGUGUUCGAGGACGUGCCCCUGAGGGACGAAGAGGAGGGCGCGGGGGGCGGAGGGGGGGGCGCGCGGGCGUUCGUCCCCAUGCGCCAGCUGGCGGCGGGGCUGGCGACGGUGGGGGGAAACCUAGGGGGAGGCAUGGGGGGGAAUCUAGGGGCGAUGGGGAGAGUGGGGAGCGGAAAUAGCCGGGGGAGUGGUGGGGAAGGGGAAGGGGAGGAUAGGGUGGGAGGGUCGGGGCAUGAGGCAAUGGGGUAUGGGGGGGGUGCGUUUUUGGAUGACUUGAGGUAUGCUGGUGGGGGAGUGUAUGGCGAUGAAAGGGGGUUUGAGGGAGGGGGGGUAGAGUGCAUGGGCGGUGAGGUGUGUAUUGAUGAUACGGGGCGGUUUGACGGUGUGGGGUGCUUAGAAGAGUGUGGGUGCAUGGAGGAGUGUGGGUAUGUGGAGGAGAGCGAGGCGAGCGGGCCGGAGGACACUGGCAUUGAGGGAAAUAGACUCGCAAGGGAGAGAAGGGGGCAGCUGAGGGGUGAUGGAAGAAAGAUGGGGAUGAUGCAGAGGGAGGAGGAGGAGAAAGAGGAGAGUGAGGAGGAGCAGGUGGGAAGGCAGGGGGGUGGUGAGAGAGAGAGCGAGGACGAGGGUGAGGAUGAGCUGUGGAAGCUGCGUGCUUCCCUCCACCGCGCGUCACAGCGAGCAUUGCUCUCGCCACACGCCAUGCUGUGCCACCGCCACCACACUCGCAUACUCUCUGCUCCCCACUUGCACUCCUCCCCCCACUUGCACUCCUCCCCCCACUUGCACUCCUCCCCCCACUUGCACUCCUCCCCCCACUUGCACUCGUCCCCACACCUGCACCCCUCUUCCCCCUCCAUCGACCUCUCCCCCCGUGUUGCCCUUUUCCGCUCACGCACGGACUGGCCGUGCUACCGCGACCCCUCCCCCCUCUCCGCGCCCUCCCCCUUCUCCGCGCCCGCGCUCUCCCCACUCUCCGCGCCUUCGCCCCUCGCCGCGCCCUCCCCCACCCGUGAGGGCGGAGAGAGCACUGCUGCCACGGCCGCCGCUGCAGCUGCCGCAUGGUGGCGUGAGGAGUGGGAAGGGAGUGGUACGGGAGAGCCAGGGGAGAAGGAGGAAUGGAAGGGGAGUGGAAGGCAGGUGGUAGGGGGAAAGGACGAGUGGGCGGGGCGUGGAGGGCGGGAGGCAGGGGGGAGGGGCGAGUGGGAGGGGAGUGGGGCGGGCGAAGUAAUGGGAAGCGGCGAGUGGGAGGGGUGGGAGAGGAGUGCGAGCUUCCCCCUGUCGAGCUGGGACCGGGGCCUGUGGAUGGACGGUCCGUGGGAGCAGCCUGUUAUUGGCACUGAUGUGGCGGUUGACAGAGAUACCUGCCUGGGAAGAGCGGUGGUGUGCGGUGGUGGUGGCGAGAUGGGGGGAGUGCAGGGGCGAGGGGGUGCUGUGCGGAAGCAGAUGGGUAAGACGAGACGGAAAGCGGUGGAGAAGGAUGGAGGGGAGCGAGGGAGGGUGGAAGUGGACGGGAAGGAAAUGAAGGAGAGGAGGCGGGGAGUGGAUGGGCGGAAGGAAGGAGAAGAUAUAGAAGUAGCUGAUUUGAGUGUGGCGGAGGCAGGGAGGGUGCAGAGGGUGCAGAGGAGAAAGGGGAAGAAAGCAGUGAAAGGUGCAGAGAAGGGAGACGGGAGCAAGGAAGGUGCUUCUUUGGAGAAGCAGAAGAAGAGUGUGCGAAAGGUUGGUUCCGCAGGCACUGGAGAGGUGGAGGUGGGGAUGGAGGCGAGGCGAAGGAAGGCAGAAGGUUCGGGCGAAGCUGGCAAUGUGGCAGGCGGUAAGGAUGCUGGUGGGGGGCUGGGGGGGGAGGGUAGAGUGGUGGGCAAGGGGAGUGGGCAGGGCAAGGGGGGUGCACAGGGAAAAAGGAACGCAGAGGGGAAUGGAGGUGGUGGCGCUGCUGCUGCUGCUGCUGGUGGUAGUGGUGGAGGUGGUCCCAUGGCACGCCGAGCGCGCAAGCCAGCCAGGAGCAGCACGGCGCUCACUGCUCUGUGCACAAGCAGGGAUGUUCCCAGCUUGUACUCGCUCUCAUCCUCAUCUGCAUCCUCAGCAGCACGGAAGCCGAAGGAGUGUUGGGUGGAAUCAGCAGCAGGGGGGGUAAAAAAGGGCCGUCUGGAUCUAGCGCAAGGCGGGCAGCCGAAUCAGCCUGUUAUUUCAACAUCUUCCCUCGCGCCGUCCUCCCCACGCAUUCUCCCCGCCUCCACCCCUGUCUCUCUCCCUGAAGCCUCUCCGUCCGUCUCAGUACUCCGCUCUUUCUUUGAGUCGGCUCAAGCCCCCCCGCUCUUUCGCCCCGCCUCCACCUCCCUCUCACUCCCCAAGGCACCUCUCACCGUCUUGGUACCCAGCUCUGCCACUUCUGCUGCUGGGAUGGGUGCUGCCCCUCGGGAAUUCAAACCUGCUGCACCCUGCGUCGUCGCUGCUCCAGCUGCCCUGCACACAGUGUCUCGGUGUGAGGUGGAGUGGGGUGUGAGUGUGGGUGCCGUGGGGGUGGAGGAGGGUGACUUUGCUGCUGGCUUGUCAACAUUCCGGUCGGCCAUGGCGUGGCGCGUGCUUGGGUGCGUCGCCGUCGUGUGCGCGCUGCUGUCGCUCGGCGCGCACGCGUCCGACGCGGAGUUUCUGCCGCCCGCGCCGGAAGAUGUGAUUAAAACGGAAGGCGGCUCGCUGUCCGUGUGGAGCCGCGAGUUCGAGUUCUUCAAGGUGCUGCCCGCCGACGCGAACAUGAAUGCAGCGCGCAUGGAGGUUGCUGCGUUCUCGCUCGCCCUCCCCGAGUACAACGACGCCCCGCAGCUCUCCUUCAUCACCCACGGCUGCGCCUUCAUGGGCCUGCUCUCGCCCAUGGGCGUUCCUGCUCCCCUCAGAUACGUGCAGGAAGGCGAUAUUGUGGCAAUUCCACGCGGCUGGGCGAGCUGGGCGUGGAACAACGGCUCGGAGCCGCUCAGGGCGCUGCUGCUGUCCGACACGCGCUCUGCCCCCCAGCCCGGGGAGGUGCAUGCGUUCACUCUCAUGGGCGGCCCACACGAGACGCUGGGUGGCGUGCUUCACGGUUUCAGUGCGGAUCUGCUAGCGAGAGCGUGGGACGUGGAGGAGGAGGAGGCAAAGCGUCUGGUGGCGGGGCAGAAGCACGUGGGGUUCAUUGCGAUCGGCAGUCACAACGCCCCACGCAUGACAGCGCAGCUGCAGGCGAUGCUGGAAGAGAGCGAUCAGACAUAUGGCAUGGAAGAGGAGAUCGUUGACAGCAUCAGCAUGGAGGGCACCAACGGCGUGAGGCACAUGCGCAUGGGGGACAUCUCGCCCUUCACGCGCUUCAAGUACAGCCUCGCCCACGCAACACCUGACGUGUCGGUGCCCAAGGGAGGAGACAUCUUCGUGGUGGAUCGAAGCAAGCUGCCUGUGCUGCACCACAUUGGGCUUUCUGCUUUCCUCUAUCACUUGCAGCCAAAUGCACUGCUAGCCCCCCACUGGUACCCCAAUGCGGCCAUUCUGCAUGUGGUGCUAGCGGGCAGUGGCCGCAUCGAGGUGGUGUAUCCUGACGGUCGCACCGCUCUGCACCGUGACGUUCACACCGGGGAUGUCAUUGCUGUUCCUGCUCUCUUCCCUUCUUCCAUGGGGGGGUGUCAUUGCCGUGCCUGCCCUCUUCCCUUCCUCCAUGGUACGUUGCUCUUGCCUCCCAUGGUGCUAGCGGGCAGUGGCCGCAUCGAGGUCGUGUAUCCUGACGGCCGCACCGCUCUGCACCGUGACGUUCACACCGGGGACGUCAUUGCCGUGCCUGCGCUCUUCCCCUCCUCCAUGGCGGCGUCAGAGGAGGGAAUGUUGUGGAUUGCCAUCGCCAACCGCCCACUCUCUCCCCCGUCCUUCCUAGCCGGGGCCACAUCGGUGUUCAAGGGCAUCCCCAAGCGCGUGCUCAUGGUACCUAUUUUGACACCCUCCCCCCUCCCUCAACCCACUCAUCAGGAGGCGUCUGAGAAGGGAAUGAUGUGGAUUGCCAUCGCCAACCGCCCACUCUCCCCGCCGUCCUUCCUAGCGGGGGCCACAUCAGUGUUCAAGGGUAUUUCAAAGCGCGUGCUCAUGGCAGCAUAUGUUGAGAAGGAGCUAGAGGAAGAACGAGCUCUACAUUCUUGCCCUUCCUCCUGUUCACUCUCGUACCCAUUGCCUAUGCCCAUCCCCCUUCUACCUCUCUCCCUUUACCCUCAACAACAGGAGGCUUCUGAAGAGGGGAUGAUGUGGAUUGCUAUCGCCAACCGUCCGCUCUCCCCGCCGUCCUUCCUCGCGGGGGCCACAUCGGUGUUCAAGGGUAUCCCCAAGCGCGUGCUCAUGGCUGCGUUUAAUGUUGAGAAAGAGCUGGUGGACAAGUUUUACAAGGCCCGCCGUGACCCGUCGGAGAUUGCGAUUUUCCCGCCCGCGCACAAGACCACUGCCACUGCGUA